UCAGCGAGCCCCGCCCCUCCCGCCGGGCGGGGCUCGCUGAUGCAGCGGAGCAUCCACAGCAGAGUCCGGAGCAUCCGCUGCACACAUAGUUUCCAGAUCUGUGGACCAAGUCACGCCCGCUUCCAGCCGGACCAGAGGACAGAGCUCAGAAUGUUUGUAGGUGUGUCAGGUCGGAUCCAGAAGGAUCGGGAGCGAGCUGAAGGUCUUGGCUCUGUGCAGCAGGCCGUACGGUACCUGAACCAGGACUUUCAGGCCCUGCAGGAGGAGUGUCUGCAGGAUGGAUCCUUGUUCCAGGACCCAAUGUUCCCUGCAGAGCCGUCGUCUCUGGGCUUUAAGGAGCUCGGACCCUUUACCACCAAAACCAAAGGAGUGGAGUGGAAACGGCCGACAGAGCUGACAGCAGAGCCUCAGUUCAUCGUGGGCGGAGCCACCAGGACCGAUGUUUGUCAGGGAGCGCUAGGAGACUGUUGGCUGCUCGCUGCUAUUGGUUCUCUGACUCUGAACGAACGACUGCUCCAUCGAGUGGUUCCUCACGGUCAGAGCUUCACCCACCAAUACGCUGGCAUCUUCCACUUCCAGUUCUGGCAGUUCGGAGAGUGGGUGGACGUAGUGAUUGAUGACCAGCUGCCGGUCAAAGACGGAGAGCUGUUGUUCGUCCACUCGGCUGAAGGCAGCGAGUUCUGGAGUGCUCUGCUGGAGAAGGCCUACGCCAAGCUAAACGGCUCGUACGAGGCCCUGUCCGGCGGCAGCACCACUGAAGGCUUCGAAGAUUUUACAGGCGGUGUUUCAGAGAUGUACGAGCUGAAGAAAGCUCCCAAAGACCUUUAUCGCAUCAUCAUCAAAGCUCUGGAGAGAGGCUCCCUGCUGGGCUGCUCCAUUGACAUCACCAGCACCUUCGACAUGGAGGCUGUGACCUUCAAGAAGCUGGUCAAAGGUCAUGCAUACUCGGUGACCGGCCUCCAACAGGUGGACUCCCGAGGGCAGCAGGAACGUCUUAUCCGGAUCAGGAACCCCUGGGGCCAAGUGGAGUGGACCGGAGCCUGGAGUGACAACUCCUCAGAGUGGAACUCCAUUGACUCCGCAGAGAAAGAUGAGAUGCUCUGCAAGAUGGAGGAUGGAGAGUUCUGGAUGAGCUUCCAGGAGUUUCUGCGCCAGUUCUCCAGGUUGGAGAUCUGUAAUCUGACCCCGGACGCUCUCAGUCAGGACUCCACCAGUUUCUGGUCUACUGUGACAUUUGAGGGUGGCUGGAGACGAGGAAGCACUGCCGGAGGGUGCAGGAACCAUCCCAACACGUUCUGGAUCAACCCUCAGUAUAAGAUCUGUCUGCUGGAGGAGGACGACGCCGACGACGGGGAGGCCGCCUGCAGCUUCCUGGUGGCUCUGAUGCAGAAGGACCGUCGCCGCUUCCGCCGCCACGGGCAAGACAUGCACACGAUCGGCUUCGCCAUCUACGAGAUUCCUGAGGAGUACCGGGGCUCUGCCAGUAUCCACAUGAAGAAGGAUUUCUUCCUGCGUCAUUCAUCCUGCGCACGCUCUGAAACCUUCAUCAACCUGAGAGAGGUGAGCGCCAGGCUCCGCCUCCCUCCGGGUGAGUACCUGAUCGUCCCUUCGACCUUCGAACCAUCCAAAGAGGCCGACUUUGUCCUGAGGGUAUUCACUGAGAAACAGACAGAGACCCAGGAGAUGGGUGGCGACGUGGUGGCGAACCUGGAGGAUCAGGAGGAAAUCUCCGAGCAGGACAUCAAUGACUCCUUCAGAUCCAUGUUCGCUCAACUGUCUGGAGAUGACAUGGAGAUCUCGGUGCAGGAGCUUAGGACCAUCCUCAACCGAGUGGUCGCCAAACAUAGAGAUCUACAAACAGAUGGCUUCAGUGCAGAGUCCUGCAGAGCCAUGAUCAGCCUCAUGGACAAAGAUGGCAGUGCUCGCCUGGGCCUGGUGGAGUUCCAGAUUCUCUGGAACAAGAUCAGGAAGUGGUUGGGAAUUUUCCGAGAGUUCGACCUGGACAAGUCAGGCUGUAUGAACUCCUACGAGAUGCGUCUGGCUCUAGAAAACGGCGGGUUCACACUCAACAACAAGCUGUAUCAGAUGCUGAUUGCUCGAUAUGCUGACAACGAGAUCAUCGACUUUGACAACUUUACCUGCUGCCUGGUCAAACUGGAGUUCAUGUUCCGGGCCUUCCAGGCUCUGGAUAAAGACGCGGCAGGAACCGUGGAGAUGAACAUUGUUGAGUGGCUCUGUAUGUGCAUGUGUGGAUGAAGAAACCCAGAGAGAGUCCAAAAGAACCAACAGCUGGGUCGCUGACAUGGCCCACCCACCGAUGCUCUCCUAGUGCAGCUUCCCUCGGUCUGCAUCAGUGGAUGUGUAUGGGGCAUCAGUUCUGCCAGAACAGAAAGUAAAUCUUGGAGCCUCAUGUAGCCAUAUUUACUAUAGUGACUGUAUGCAUGUGAAUAUAUACUACUACUAACAGUAAGACAGUUAGACACGUAGAUGCAUUAUCAUAAUGACCAUAAUUAACUGAAUAUCACAUUGUCGUAUUCCAAAAGUGAAGAAAACAUAUUUAUUGUAUAUUUGUAAACGUAUUGAUAAUACAAUAAGUAACUUUAAUUCCUACAACACAUUCAUAAAAGGAUUGUUUGAAGCUGUUUGACAACAGCUUAAAAUCUAAGUACAGAUUUAUUUAAAUUGUGUCAAACUGAUUUUGAUAGAAUUGCGACCCACGGUAAUAGAAAUAUCUGAUUUUACUUAAUCUGUUCCGAUGUGUUGCCUUUUUCUGCUGAUGGGUCAUCUCUGGUACAUGUUCACUGAAACGUCAGCUUUAGCUUUAUUUACCAGCGGCUGCCUUUAGCUCAAACACUGUUUACAUGGAGGCGGAGCCGUCUGCCACACGUUCACCACCAGGUGGAUGAUGCGUUCAUGCACAGCCUGCGGCAGCUCCUGCUCCAUCUUAUUAAAGCAACGUAACCUCUGUGUUUGAUUUAACUGAAAGCUGCACCUGCACCACUGAGGUCUGUUCCAAACACAUCCUGUGCUCCAGAGUUCUGGCUGAGGGCUAAUUAAGGAAAGCGCAACUAACUAUGCGCAUUGGAUGUUUCAAUAGGUUUUAUUGCGCGUUUUUGCGCUUAAAGGUCCUGAAUGUAACAACUAGACGUACACAGAGGCUGUGUUACUAAUUACUACAUAAUUAUAAGGCAUCUAAAGGAAAGCUUAGUUUUUAUCUCCCCACUGUGGGAUGAUUAUAGUUUAUCUAUCUAUCUAUCUAUCUAUCUAUCUAUCUAUCUAUCUAUCUAUCUAUCUAUCUAUCUAUCUAUCUAUCUAAUGAUUAAAGAUUGA